GUUAUCGGCUGGAGCUAUCCUCGACAACCCUCAAGAGAUUGGCGGCGAAAGUGUCGAAAGCGAGGAAUAAUCGCGCAGCUUGGACUGUAUUAUAUCGUAUCUGCAUGGAAGCGAAUGGUUUCGUGUCCAGGCGGGUGGACACACCAAGCGUCGAUGCCGGGGUUGCUGCUGGAGCUGCAGGGGCAGACAUUCGAUGGCUCGGCGGGAGGAUUUUGGACGCUACGGAGGGGUUUGUUGGUGGUCUGUCACCGCCACGGAUAACAGCGGAACCGGACUUUACUGCGGUGUUGCAACUCCGAGCAGCCCCGGAGCCCACGGUGGCUGCUACGGAGACCGAAAUAGACUACGAGGGGCUCCCCCAGGGUGUAGCCACCAGUACACACAUGUUAGCCGGAGCCGUGGCUGGCAUCAUGGAACACUGCCUAAUGUAUCCCAUCGACUGUGUGAAGACGCGGAUGCAGAGCCUGCAGCCCGAGCCGGGGGCGCGUUACCGUAACGUGAUGGACGCGCUACGUCAGAUCGUGCGUACCGAGGGGGUGUGGCGACCUGUGAGGGGGCUGAACGUCAUGGCGAUAGGGGCGGGGCCAGCCCAUGCUCUGUACUUUGCCUGUUAUGAGAAACUCAAGUUCUCACUCAGCAACGUGGUCCACCCGGGAGCUAAUAGCCACUUUGCUAAUGGAAUGGCAGGCUGCAUGGCCACUGUACUCCAUGAUGCAAUCAUGAACCCAGCAGAAGUGGUGAAGCAGCGUAUGCAGAUGUACAACUCCCCGUACCGCGGCGUGUCUGACUGCGUGGGCUCCAUCUGGAGGCGUGAGGGCCCCGGGGCCUUCUACCGCUCCUACACCACCCAGCUGACCAUGAACGUCCCCUUCCAGGCUCUUCACUUCAUGACCUACGAGUACCUCCAGGAGCUGCUCAACCCCCACAGACAGUACAACCCCUCCUCUCACGUCAUCUCUGGGGCGCUUGCCGGGGCCAUUGCUGCCGCCGCCACCACCCCGCUUGAUGUCUGUAAGACCCUCCUCAACACCCAGGAGGCCCUAGCGGUCCAUGCUGAGGUCCCAGGAGCACUGGGGUUGGAGCGAGUGGGAGGCGUUCCGGACUGUGUACAGGAUGGGGGUGGGGCGGCGUUCUUUAAGGGCGUCCAGGCCAGGAUCAUCUAUCAGAUGCCCUCCACCGCCAUCAGCUGGUCCGUCUACGAGUUCUUCAAAUACAUCAUCACCAAGCGCCAGUACGAGAGAAGGCUGCACCACCGAGACGGAGAGAAGUAG